CUCAGAGGAGUGAUCUGGAUGUCUAAAAACUCCAGUCUGCCUGUUCAUUGUACUGAGUCAGCGGCCGUGCGCAAAUGGACGCAGAGAAGGGCAGUGCUGUGUAGGCUGUAGUCUACAUAAGCUCUCUGCCUGCGGGACUUCUGCAUACACACAGACCCACACGCCUCCCAGACGCGCUGCUUUUUGUGAGGAAAAAUCCAGGAGAGUCUGUCGGGUACCUUUGGAUCAUCUCUCCAGCAAAGCUCUCCCCCUCCCGCCUCCUCCUUUCCUCUCUCCUCUUAUGACUGACCAUCUCGGACCACGGAUGCAGAGAGCAGCAACGAUGCGGCGGCUCCGCUCUUAACUCGCUGGACGCCCCCCCUCCUCCCGCCCCCGACCCCCGGUCUCUUCUCUAUCUCUCCCCCUCUCUGUUGUUUUUGCCGGUUCUAGUUGAAGGAGGCAGAUUAAAACCCAGGAUGAAGCUCAAACCGAACCAGACCAGGACGUACGAUGGCGAGGGCUUUAAGAAACGGGCAGCGUGUCUGUGCUUUAAGAAUGAACGUGAAGAAGAGGUUUUGCUGGUCAGCAGCAGUCGGCACCCGGACCAGUGGAUCGUCCCCGGAGGAGGGAUGGAGCCGGAGGAGGAGCCGUGCGGCGCCGCAGUGCGAGAGGUGUUUGAGGAGGCCGGUGUGAAGGGCAAGCUAGGACGCCUGCUCGGUGUGUUUGAGCAAAACCAAGAUCGGAAGCACCGGACGUACGUGUAUGUGUUGACUGUGACAGAAACCCUGGAGGCCUGGGAGGACUCUGUCAACAUCGGCCGUAAGCGGGAGUGGUUCACCGUGGAAGAGGCCAUCAAAGUGCUGCAGAGCCACAAACCGGUCCACGCCGAGUACCUGCGGAGGCUCCAGCUCAGCUGCUCACCCACCAACGGGAACUCCAUCCUCCCGAGCCCGCCGCCAAACGACAACUACCCCCAUUACAGCGCCACCGCCACCACGCCCUCGACGGGGAGCGUGUUGGGCUCCUCCUGCAGAUAGGACUGCACCUAAACCUUUUUUUCUGUCCUGUCCAGCACGGGACAGCUCACUGAAAGUCUGUACAGUCUUGCAUGAAUCUAAUGACUCUUUAGAGUUCUGGCUCUCUUGUAAUGUAUAAUUUCUAGUCUUAGCUGCAGGACAGACCAAAGCCGUUGCCAGAACUGUGUUAAAGACUCACGUGGCUGAGCAGGAGAAGCUGGUACAGCUCACAUCUACAACAGGAAAAACUGUGGAUAUGGCUACAACUCAAAAACCCCUUUCCUUUUGCUGGCAAACACCAGACUGAUGAGUUGAAGUGUGGGAAGAGGAAGCUGCAGACUCUGCUGGCGUGAAUGACCUGGCAAAGGAAUGCCUUAUAGAAACUUUGUACGAAUGUUGUAUUUGGGUCGUUUAAUGUCACUAACGGUCAUUUUUAGUUUCUUUUAGCAGAAUGGAUGCUUUCUAGUCAAUAAAAAGGGUAAUUGACCCCAAAGCACGUCCACGUGGGGAAUGUUUCCAGACUGAAUAAUGUCUUUGUCAUCGAUCCAUGAUGAUAACAACCAAAUAUCAUGAUAAACUACAUGGAUCUAACUUUAAAAAAAUACACCUGAGCAUUGAGAAGAAUCUCCUUUUGUGUUUUAAUGUGAAGUGGGAUCUUUCUUUACACAAUGUAGUCAUUGAUUAUUCAUGUUUUUUUAGGUUAAUUUGCCUAAAAAUGAUGAAUCCACUUAAAAUAAAAGUAACUAAAGCGAACAUACUCAAGUAUUUUAAACAGUUUGUAUCAACAAAUACAAAAACGAGAACAAAAUGAGAUAAAAGUUGCCCUGAUAAAAGCUGUCAGUGAGUUGCUACCUCAGUAAACUGAAAACUGGAUCUGGAGUCACGACGCUGUUCGAUAUCCUUUGACACAACACUGCUGUGUUUACAGUGAAUUACAGGUCAGCUAACGUUGACUGAUGCAACAAACUGCUCUGUUGUCUGUUUAAAGUCACAUAACUUUUAUCCAACGCAUGGUUUUUCCCAUGUUGUCAAAGUUAAACUAUUUAACAAUGCAAAGUAGGUCUUUGCCUUAGGUAUUUGUUUCAUAAUGUCCAUGUACGGUGCAAUUCUUUUGGUUUACCAUCCACAUGUAACUAAAAUUAAUUGUAUCUAGGGCUAUGACUAAUCAUCAUUUUCAUUAUUGAUUAAUUAUUUUUUGAUUUUAAAAAAUAAUGCAGCUUUAAUUUAACUCUUGUACUAAUUGUUUUGGUUACUGUGGAAGCAAACAGAAUUUUUGGGACUAAAACCCCUCCCCCAUGUUUCUGUCUGCCUCAUGACGAUAUGUUUUCAAUCAAAGGUAAAAAUCCCCCCUCAGAAGUAUUAUAAUUAAAUAACAUUAUUUUUUGCUUAUUCAUCCACCUCCUCACUCCUGUGUCGACAGCUGAAUGACGACUGGUAACCAUACAGAGAUUUGUAAAUAGCUUUGAAGAGAAACAUUGAAAAUGUGUUUUUAACCUGAAUGAACCUGUAAAAAAAAUUCUCUUAAUAUUUUAUAUAUUUUUUAACAAUGUACAAACGGCAGAAAAACACGUGUAGAAAAGCCUCACUGAGUAUGUACAGUACCAUAUGUUUGUAUCAGCAACAAUGUGCCACAGGUUUAGAGUACAAUGGCUGGUUGGUUUGUGUUUCGUGUGAAAUAGAGUUGGUGGAAUUAAUGCAUUUUAAAAUGUGAUUUGGUCCAUAAUGAAUUAAGAGGUGAAUUUCAGAAUGAGAUGUACAAAGACAGCACAGAAUUAGGUUGACAGAAAAAUUACCAACUAGAGCCUCAGUAUUUUUGAGGUGUUAAGUAAAGAACUUGAUGCUUUUUUCUUUUUUUUCAACAAAAUAUAUAUAUAGCAUCAUGCUAAUUAAGUUGUGUUUGUUAUGGACAAGCAAGCACAUAAGUCUGAGUAUUAAUGACUACAGAUUAUUACAAAAAUAUGUAACAUUUUGAGGAAAAAACUACAGUUUUAGAGAAUAAAAGCAGGAUGGUGCUGAUCAGAGCAACGUUUUUGAGGCUUUGGUAAGAAAUGAAUGAGUUUAAACACAUCUCAUCUCUUAGGUUUUCCCGUGCAGCACUGAUUUGUGUCAUGCUUCAAAUCUUCUCAUCAACUUUCAGCCUUGUUUGAUGGGUGAAAUAGGAACUCCAACCACCUUAAACCUGAGUGUAUGUGAAGUGUACAUUGUGGAUUGAUGAAAUAUGAUGUGCCAAAUUAUAAAGUUUGUUGGUGUUCAGAUGGGAUGUAAACUUUAUACACACCUUUAGGUCAGCAAGUCUGUGAAAUAAGAUCUUAAACAUUGUUUUAUUUGAUUAAUCAAUGUUAUCUCCAAAUGUAAUCAUCUAUCAUGUGGGAAAGGGACUGACUACAUCCUCCAUAACUGAAAUUAUGAUUAGGCACUUAUUCCUUACCCCGUACUGUUUUAACAUCCACUUGACUGCAAUCUAAAUCAACAUAAAUUUAACUGAAGCCCAUUAAUCCUGCUGUUUUGCAGCUCAAUGCUCCAUGAAACACCUUCCUUCUCUACUUGUUGAAAUGCUGUGGGGUCUAUAUUGAUCUAUGACUGUGUCCUUUUAUGGCUAAAACAUGUCAGCAAAAGAAACCCACAGUAAAAAAUGUAUGUGCUCAAACACAGAAAUGUAAGACAGCCAGGACACAAGUGUCUGCUAAAUGACUGUGGUUGUUGUGGAUUUGGACACCUUGAAUGUUUGCUGAACACAUUGUAAUGUUGUAAUGAUGUGUCAGGCACAUUUGAAUCAAAGCAAACUAAAGACUUGUCACCAUUUGUUCAUGAAUAUUAUGCACAGAAAAGUUAAAUGUGAAAGUGACUUAAAGAGCUGGACUGGAAAGAUUGUUUUUGAGAAAAGAUUGCAUUAAAGGGGAAAAAUCUUA